AUGGCUGAUGCUGCAAAAGCGAGGUAUUUGGCUGAGGCCUGCAAUGUGGACGUCAAUGCAUCCGCCGCAGCUCUGCGCGAGAGCGGAGGCGAUGUUGAACUGGCUGCCGCUGUGUUGCUCAGUGCAGCUGAAGCUCAACCUGCACAAGCCACGGUUGCCGCCCCACCGCCCUCGACACCACUGGGAACGUUGCUGGAAAUGGGGUACGAAGCUGGCACUGCGGCCGCGGCACUGCGACGGUCGGACGGCAACCUAGAGGGAGCCUUGCAGCUGCUGCUGGAGGCACCGUCGCCACGCCGUGCGGAGCA